UCCAACCAAGAUGUCGGCGCUGGCCGUGGCGACCGCGGCGGCUGCCACCGCGGCCGCCGUCACCGCCGCGCGCUCCGAGAGGCAAGGCAGCCCGGCUUCGUCGCGGGGCUUCUACUUCAACACGGUGCUGUCGCUCGCCCGCUCGCUGGCCGUCCAGAGACCCGCCCCGCUCGAGAAGGUCCAAAAACUUCUGUGCAUGUGUCCCGUGGAUAUCCAUGGGAUUUUUCAGCUGGACGAGCGUCGCAGAGAUGCCGUGAUUGCACUGGGAAUUUUUCUCAUAGAAUCUGACCUGCAGCACAAAGAUUCACUUAUCCCUUACCUACUCCGGCUACUGAGGGGCCUUCCCAAAGUGCAAUGGAUUGAAGAAAGCAAUUCGCGAAAAGGCCGAGGCACCCUUCCAGUCGCAGAAAACUUCAGCUUCUGUUUGGUGACCUUGCUCUCCGAUGUGGCCUACAGAGAUGCGUCUUUAAGAGAGCAGGUUUUGGAGCCAAUUUUACAAGUGAUGCAAGUUCUCUUGGGGAUGUGUCAAUCUCCGCAGAUCCAGGAUAAAGAAUAUUUGUGCAAAUACGCCCUGCCUUGCCUGAUUGGAAUAUCCCGAGCGUUUGGUCGCUACAGCCACUCAGAAGAGGCUCUGCUGUCCAAGCUUUUCCCCAAAGUGAGCCCCCAUUCCCACCGGGCCUCCAGCGAACUGGAUGGGAUACGGAGGCGUUCCUUCAAUGACUUCCGCUCCAUCCUUCCCAACUCCCUGCUGACCGUCUGCCAAGAAGGAUCUUUGAAGAGGAAAACGAGCAGCAUUUCCAGCAUCACACAGGUCAGCCCUGAUCGUGGGAUCCCCCUGCCCGGUUCUCCAGGAGGAACGGCUAUGCAGUAUUUUGAAGGUUCCUAUCUGCCGGAUGGGAGCGCUGUCGAUCCCGAAUAUUAUUUCUCCACCAUCAGCUCCAGUUUCUCUGUUUCGCCCCUCUUCAAUGGGAUCAGUAACAAGGAGUUUAACAUUCCGCUAGAAAUGCUUCGCCAGUUGUUGAACAUGGUCAAGCAAAUCGUUGGGGAUUCGGUUCUCAAAAACCUGGAUGCAGUGGUGACUGAAGUUAUUGAGGCCAAUCCGCACGUCGAGCUCUUCUACAAAAUGUUCAGCGACCCUCUCUACGUUGCUCAAUUCAAAAUGCUGAGAGACACCCUGUACCAUAUGAAAGAUCUUCCCAACUCUUUUGUGAAAGAAAUUCACGAUUUCGUGCUGGAACAAUUCAACACCAGCCAGCCGGAGCUUCAGAAACUCCUUCACGAAGUCGAUAAAUUGCACAACGAGCUGAAUCCGCUGAAAUUGCGUUGCCAGGCGAACGCCGCCUGCGUGGAUCUCAUGGUUUGGGCUGUGAAGGAUGAGCAAGGAGCAGAAAACCUCUGCAUCAGAUUAUCCGAAAAGUUGCAGUCCAAGACCUCCAGCAAAGUCAUCAUCGCCCACUUGCCUCUCCUGAUCUGCUGCUUACAGGGUCUCGGCCGCUUGUGCGAGAGGUUCCCCGUGGUGGUUCACUCGGUCAAUCCGUCUUUGCGGGAUUUCCUUGUGAUCCCUUCUCCAGUCCUGGUGAAAUUGUACAAAUAUCACAGCCAGUUCCAAACAGGCACCAACGACAUCAAGAUCAGCAUCACCAACGAGCACGCCGAGUCUACGUUGAGCGUCAUGUCGGGCAAGAAAAACGAAUCCUCCAUGUACGAACAGCUCCGGGACGUUGCGAUCGAUAACAUCUGCAGGUGUUUGAAAGCCGGUCUGACCAUCGAUCCCGUCAUCGUUGAAGCCUUCUUAGCCAGUUUAUCGAAUCGUCUCUACAUCUCCCAAGAAAGUGAUAAGGAAGCCCACCUCAUUCCAGACCACACAAUCCGUGCGCUGGGCCACAUAGCAGUGGCUCUGAGGGACACCCCCAAAGUGAUGGAACCCAUUCUCCAGAUCUUGCAGCAGAAAUUCUGCCAGCCACCGUCUCCUCUUGACGUGCUCAUCAUCGACCAGCUGGGCUGUUUAGUUAUCACCGGAAAUCAAUAUAUUUACCAGGAGGUGUGGAAUUUGUUUCAGCAGAUCAGCGUGAAAGCAAGCUCCAUUGUAUACUCGGCGACUAAAGACUAUAAAGAUCACGGAUACAGACACUGUUCCUUAGCUGUUAUUAAUGCCCUGGCUAACAUAGCUGCCAAUAUACAGGAUGAACACCUUGUGGACGAGCUGCUGAUGAAUUUGUUGGAACUUUUUGUGCAGCUGGGGCUGGAAGGAAAAAGGGCCAGCGAGCGGGCAAGUGAGAAAGGGCCGGCGCUGAAGGACAUCCAUAAGGACCAACCGUAUUAUGACAUUCCAGAUGCCCCAUAUAGAAUUACUGUUCCUGAUACCUACGAAGCUAGAGAGAGCAUUGUUAAGGAUUUUGCUGCCCGGUGCGGCAUGAUCCUCCAAGAGGCCAUGAAAUGGGCACCUUCAGUCACCAAAUCCCACCUGCAGGAAUAUUUGAACAAGCACCAGAACUGGGUGUCUGGCCUGUCCCAGCACACAGGGUUGGCCAUGGCAACCGAGAGCAUUCUCCACUUUGCGGGCUACAACAAGCAAAACACAACCCUAGGGGCCACUCAAUUAACCGAAAGGCCCACCUGCGUGAAGAAAGAUUACUCCAACUUCAUGGCUUCCCUGAACCUGCGCAAUCGCUACGCUGGAGAAGUUGCCGGGAUGAUUCAAUACUGCAACGCCACAGGACGGUCAUCGGACCUGAAUAAACUCAUGGUCAAGCAACUCAGCAAUGCCCUGGAAGCUGGCCAAGCAGAGAGCUAUACCCAGGCGAUGUUUAAGAUGACCGCCUUGUUGAUAAGCAGCAGAGAAACCGAUUCCCAGCUCUUACAUCACCUCUGUUGGGGCCCUCUGCGUAUGUUCAACGAACUGGUCAUGCAGACUGCCCUUGCUUGCUGGGAGUGGCUGCUGGCCGCUAAGAACGGCAUAGAAGUCCCGUUCAUGAGAGAGAUGGCUGGGGCUUGGCAAAUGACGGUGGAGCAGAAAUUUGGCGUCUUCUCCACCGAGCAGAAAGAAGCCGAUCCUUUAGCCGCCUCCGAAGAGAGCCAACCGAAACCGUGUCCACCGGAGGUCACCCCACAUUACAUCUGGAUAGAAUUUUUGGUGCAGAGAUUUGAAAUCGCCAAGUACUGCAGCUCGGAUCAAGUGGAGAUCUUCGGCAGCUUACUCCAGAGGUCCCUGUCUUUGAAUAUCGGCGGAUCGAAGGGGAGCAUGAAUCGCCACGUGGCAGCCCUCGGACCCCGUUUUAAGCUCUUAACGCUGGGACUGUCUCUGCUGCAUGCCGAUGUCAUCCCAAACGCAACGAUUCGCAAUGUCUUGAGAGAGAAGAUCUAUUCCACAGCUUUUGAUUACUUCAGUGCCGCCCCCAAGUGUCCAACUCAAGGAGACAAGAGGCUGCGCGAGGACAUCAUCGUCCUCAUCAAGUUUUGGACGGCAAUGUUCUCCGACAAGAAAUACUUAACCGCCAGCCAGCUUGUGCCUCCAGAUAACCAAGAUACCCGGAGCAAUCUCGACAUCACCGUGGGGUCCCGACAGCAAGCUACCCAGGGAUGGAUCAACACCUACCCUUUAUCCAGCGGCAUGUCGACCAUCUCCAAAAAAUCAGGAAUGUCUAAGAAGACGAAUCGAGGCACUCAGCUCCACAAAUACUACAUGAAAAGGAGAACUUUGCUCCUCUCACUUCUGGCUACGGAGAUUGAGCGCCUCAUCACUUGGUAUAAUCCUCUUUCGUCUCCGGAACUGGAGCUGGACCAAACGGGCGAGAACAGCGUUGCCAACUGGCGGUCCAAAUACAUCAGCCUGAGUGAGAAGCAGUGGAAGGAUAACGUGAAUCUGGCCUGGAGCAUCUCCCCUCACCUUGCGGUGCAGCUUCCCACCAGAUUUAAAAACACAGAAGCAAUUGGGAUGGAGGUCACCCGUCUGGUUCGCUUGGACCCUGGAGCUGUGAGUGACGUGCCGGAAGCCAUCAAGUAUCUUGUUACUUGGCACACCAUCGAUGCCGAUGCUCCAGAGCUCAGCCACAUCCUGUGCUGGACCCCCACCGACCCACCGACGGGCCUCUCCUAUUUCUCCAGCAUGUAUCCUCCUCAUCCUUUGACAGCUCAGUACGGGGUGAAAGUGCUCCGAUCUUUCCCGCCGGAUGCUAUUCUAUUUUACAUUCCGCAGAUUGUGCAGGCUCUUCGAUACGACAAGAUGGGUUAUGUCAGGGAGUACAUCCUCUGGGCAGCUUCCAAGUCCCAGCUGCUGGCUCACCAGUUCAUUUGGAAUAUGAAGACCAACAUCUACCUGGAUGAAGAGGGACACCAGAAAGACCCUGAUAUUGGGGAACUCCUGGAGCAGCUCGUCGAGGAAAUAACCGGCUCGUUGUCUGGUCCAGCAAAGGAAUUUUACCAACGGGAGUUUGACUUCUUCAACAAAAUCACCAACGUUUCCGCCAUCAUCAAGCCUUAUCCUAAAGGCGAAGAGCGAAAAAAAGCUUGUUUGAACGCUUUAUCUGAAGUGAAAGUGCAACCCGGUUGCUAUUUACCAAGCAAUCCAGAAGCGAUUGUUCUGGAUAUCGACUACAAGUCGGGAACGCCUAUGCAAAGUGCUGCCAAAGCCCCUUACUUGGCCAAGUUCAAGGUGAAGAGGUGUGGAGUGAGUGAACUUGAAAAAGAAGGCCUGCGUUGUCGUUCAGAUUCCAUAGAUGAAAGCGGAGAAGACGGGAGGGAGAGUAAGAAGAUUUGCUGGCAGGCCGCCAUCUUUAAAGUGGGCGAUGAUUGCAGGCAGGACAUGUUGGCCUUGCAGAUCAUCGAUCUGUUCAAAAACAUAUUUCAGCUGGUGGGCCUCGACCUCUACGUCUUUCCCUACAGAGUGGUGGCCACCGCUCCUGGGUGUGGCGUCAUCGAAUGCAUUCCAGAUUGUACUUCCCGUGAUCAGCUGGGCAGACAGACCGAUUUCGGCAUGUACGAUUACUUUACUAGGCAGUACGGAGAUGAAUCAACCCUGGCCUUCCAGAAGGCUCGCUACAACUUCAUCCGCAGUAUGGCUGCGUACAGUCUUCUGCUGUUCCUCUUGCAGAUUAAAGACAGGCAUAAUGGCAACAUCAUGCUGGACAAACAUGGACAUCUCAUUCACAUUGAUUUUGGAUUCAUGUUCGAAAGUUCUCCCGGUGGAAACCUGGGUUGGGAACCGGACAUCAAGCUGACGGAUGAGAUGGUCAUGAUCAUGGGAGGCAAGAUGGAAGCCACGCCUUUCAGGUGGUUCAUGGAGAUGUGCGUCAGGGGCUACCUGGCCGUCAGACCUUACAUGGACGCCGUGGUUUCUUUGGUUACUUUGAUGUUAGACACAGGACUGCCCUGUUUUCGGGGACAGACCAUCAAACUCUUGAAGAACAGGUUCAGCCCCAACAUGACGGAGCGAGAAGCUGCCAACUUCAUCAUGAAGAUCAUUCAGAAUUGCUUCCUCAGCAACAGGAGCAAGACCUAUGAUAUGAUCCAGUACUACCAAAACGAUAUUCCUUACUAAAACGGGGGAGGAGAAGCACCACGAUCGCUUCCCCUCCCUCCUUGACCUCGAAAGGUGAAUUUCUGAGAUCGCUGUCUCCUGCCCUUCGAAGCAAGCCCUGUGUACGCCCGCGUUUGCAUGCCAACCCGGGUGUCCCCCGUGGUAGCGGAUACCGCAACAAUCAACCAACAUCUUAGCUCGUGCCUUUCGUCUUUGCUGGGAUCCUCAACGUGGCGUCUCCGUGAUCUAGAAAUUAGCCGCCGUUCGUAAUCUCGUAAAAAUCCUGUUGGACUUGUGAAGACGGGCAAAUUUGAAACCUUCGGCGGAUGUCAGGCAUAGUCGGGGGGGAGCACCCCUUCUUGGCUUGUCUCUCAAAGCCAGAAUCUUUUGACGCGGUUGUUCUAGAGAAUCGGAUGCAAACAAGGCGCUCUAGAAUUAUAGCACAGAGCGGCGGAAGAAAAGAUGGCUCUGGCCGUAAAUGCUGUAGAAAUUGUAAGGAUAAUCAUUUUGCACUUGUCGGUGUGGAAUCGCUUGUGUUUUUGCACUGUAAAUCUCCUCGCUCCAUGGUCAGUAUUUCGUAUUUUUGAGAAGAAUGUAUCCCGUCCCCUCCCACCCUUUUGUGUGGUUUUAAAGAGAGAUGCUCUACUGAAGAGAGGUUAUAUUUAAUCGUUAAAAAAAAAAAAAAAAACCAGAAUAAAAGUUUUAGGAUAUUU